AUGGGUUUAUCGGAAUUUGAAGAAUGUUCAUCAUCUGCUCGUUAUCCAUCAAUUGAUCGAUCAUUAACAAAACAUUUAAUUGAAUUAUCAAAUAGUCCAUUUAAAUCGUUUUCACAUGAUUCGGGUCGAGAUUCUUAUUCACUCAAACAUGCUUGUACAAGUCAUAUAGAUGAAAUUUCAUCGGAUUAUUCUCAACGUCGUUCGUAUUCUUCAACUGGAAUAAUUCAUGAAAAAUCAAAUCGAAAUGGACAAACCGAUAACGAUUCAUAUGAUAUUACACCAAAAGCUUCAUCAAAUAGUAGAAGAGAUACAAUAAGCCAUUCACAUUCAAUUGUUCAUCCAACCACUCAUUCAUUUGUACCAAAUACUCAAUUAACAACAGUCGCUAAACGAUCAUCACAACGUGGACAUUCUGGUCAACGAAUUGAAGUUUAUACAAAUCAUUUUCAAAUCAAAUUUUCUAAACAAUCAAAUAAAACCAUUUUCUACCAAUUUAAUGUUGAUGUUGAACUUUUAAUGAGUGGUGGCUCAUGGCAUUCAUGUAAUAGACAUGAACGUUUGGAAGUUCUUCAAAAAAUCAUUAAACAAGAACAUUUUCCACUUGUUUGGGAUGAUAAUAGAAAAUAUUUAUAUGCAAAAGAAGAUUUAACAUAUAAAUUUAAAAAAGAAUAUCAAUGUGAAAUUUAUCAUAAAACAAUUGAAAGAAAUGAUAAAUUCCGAUUUUUAAUUAAUCUUGUUAAAACUUAUGAAUUACAAAGUGAUGAACUAGGAAUUGGAUCAGGAUAUUAUCAAGCGAUUGUACUUAGUGAAUGUGGUCCAACAUUGAAUAUUAAUAAUAUAUAUCGUUGUUUUUAUCGAAAUUACGAUUUAAUUGAAUUUCUCUCUUUUAUUUAA